CUCUCUCUCUCUCAAAAUAUGACUACUUUGGAGUCCAUGUGCAGUACCUUCUCCCUCGUCUUCUUCUCCUUCACAUCCCUGUUUUCGUUGUUUUCGUUGCUGAUAUUCAUCAUUAGGCUUCGGCCGUGGUGCAACUGCCACGUCUGUCGAAGCUUUCUGACCUCGAGCUGGUUAGGAAGCUUCGACAAUCUCUGCGACUGGUACACUCACCUUCUCAGAAAGUCGCCCACCGGAACCAUCCACGUACACGUCCUCGGCAACAUCAUCACCGCCAAUCCAGAAAACGUCGAGCACAUAAUCAAAACCAACUUCCAUAACUACCCAAAAGGCAAGCUAUUCACCACCAUCCUUGGCGAUCUUUUGGGCCGCGGAAUCUUCAACGUCGACGGUGAUGCGUGGCGGUUCCAGCGUAAGAUGGCGAGUUUGGAGCUAGGCAGCGUCUCCGUCCGCUCCUACGCGCACGAGAUCGUGAGUACUGAAAUCCAAUCCAGACUAAUUCCGCUAUUUGCCUCGGUUGCCGGUAGUGAAGGUGAAAACGGCGUCUUUGACUUGCAGGACCUGUUUCGACGGUUUUCUUUCGACAACAUCUGCAAAUUCUCUUUCGGAUUGGACCCAGAAUGUCUCCAGCUGUCCCUUCCGAUAUCCGACUUCGCGGUCGCCUUUGAUUUGGCGUCAAAGCUCUCCGCGGAGCGGGCAAUAACGUCUUCACCGAUCGUGUGGAAGAUAAAAAGAUUUUUCAACCUGGGGUCGGAGAGGCAGCUGAAGGAGGCCGUUAAAAUGGUGGACAACUUGGCCAAGAGCAUGAUCGAACAGCGUCGUGAAAUGGGUACUUUUUUAACGCAGAAGGACCUUCUCUCUCGAUUCAUGGCCAACAUUGACGACGAUCAGUACCUCAGAGACAUUGUCGUGAGCUUUUUGUUGGCGGGCCGUGACACCAUCUCUUCCGGGUUGACCAGCUUGUUUUAUUUAUUGGCAAAGCACCCGGAAGUUAAGCGGGAGAUCAGGGAGGAAUUGGAUCACGUUAUGGGUCCGACCAGAGAGGGGCUUGCGACUGCGAGCUUUGAUCAAAUGCGGGAAUUACACUACUUGCAUGCGGUGCUUUAUGAGACAAUGAGGUUGUACCCGCCAGUACAAUUCGAUUCCAAGUUUUGUCAGGAGGAUGAUGUAUUACCCGAUGGUACUUUUGUCCGGAGCGGGACUAGAGUUACGUACCAUCAGUACGCAAUGGGCCGGAUGGAGAGCAUUUGGGGUUCGGAUUGUCUCGAUUUCAAGCCCGAUAGGUGGAUGAAGAAGGGGGCUUUUUCUCCCGAGAGUCCAUACAAGUAUCCAAUUUUUCAGGGCGGGGAGAGGGUUUGUUUGGGGAAGGAAUUAGCGGUGAUGGAAAUGAAAUGUGUCGCGGUCGCACUUGUUAGGAAGUUUGAUAUUCAGGUUCUGGAUCCUGAACGGAGACCGCAGUUUGUACCCGGCUUCACUGCCACCGUGAGCGGCGGCCUGCCGGUUCGGAUUAAAGAAAGGGAAGGCUUGUGAGCAAAUAAACAUUUGAGAGGCUUUGGAUACGGUCUCUAGUUAUGAAUAUUUUUUAUUAAAACCUUGUUGGUUUUCAAUUUUUUAUUGAAGUUCCUGAAAUUAAUGUGAUAAUUUAUUUCUAUUUUA